AGUUGUGGUUGCCGGUUGUUACGGUUUGUCAUUCCCUCCUUAGUUCUUUGAUAUUUGUUAAUUUCUACUUUCUAGACCCUGUAUUGACCCUUUAAAUAAUAAGAUAUCGUUUUGAUAAAAAAAGUUAAUCUCACGUCGCUCGUUAUAGUGAUUAGUACACAGAAUUUCUAAUCUAGUUUAGUAAUCUAUAUUUAGUAGUUAAUCUAGUAUAGUAGGUCUAUUUUCUGUAUGUAUACACCAUGGAGUGGAAACUACACCGGCAAAAAUUUGGUAACGAAGAAUUUACAUUACCCAAUAAUGAAGAAGUAACUAUUGGCCGAGGGAAUGAUAAUAAAAUUAUCCUCACAAGUUUGGUUGUUUCAAGAAAUCAUUGUGUUAUUAGGGUUAAGGAUGAUGAAGUAACAAUUGAGGAUUUAAAGAGUUCAAAUGGUGUUUACAUAGGAGUCAAGCGUAUUUCACCUAACAUUCCAUAUUCAAUAACUGAAAAUGAUAUAAUUGGUAUUGGUUGGACAGAAGGUACUCAGCUAACGAAUAUAAAUGAUACUGAAAAAUACAUAUUUAAACUACUACAAAAGAAAGAACCUAUCAUUAACAGAAUUCAAUACCAAGAUGAGAAUAGUAAACCAACUCUUAAGAGAAGAUAUAGUGUUUUACCUAUGGUUGAAAUAAUAAAAACUGAAAAGCCAAUCAAUGAAGAUAACAGGAAUUGUAAGGAAAAUGAUGUUGUUUUUAUAUUAUCCGACAGUGAUGUUGAUUGUGAAAGCCCCUCAACUAAAAAGAUAAAGAAGUUAGAUACAAUAAAGCAAGAGUUAUACCCAGAAGAUAUAAAACUUGAAAAUGAUGAAAUACAAUUUGAUGCCUUUUCUAUAAAGCAAGAGCAACUCGGGGAUAUUGAAGAACCUAUACCAGUAGAUAGUGAAAGUGAUAGUGAAUCAGAACAUUGGUAUUUAAGGCUUUCACAGAGUUCCCCUGGAAAGCCAUUUACAAACUUGCAAAAACAGAGAAAAACACCAAUUAGGGAUAGAUGUUCAGAUGAGAACUCUUAUAGUCAAUUUGAUGAUGUUCAGCUUAUUGAUGAUGAGGAUAGUGAUAUAUACUUUGAAGAUUUGAUCAGUUUAGUACCACCCACAGUAGACACACAGGUUGCUGAAACUACACAAGAUGAGGGCAAGGUCACCGGGAAAGCUGUACAAGAAAUAGAUAUAAAGAAAGUGGAACCUGAUAAAUUAAAUGAAAAUAAAUCUGAAACAAACCUGCCACCCUUGCCAAGUUGUGAUCACACUGAUAGUAAUCUUAUAAAGGAUGUUACUGUUGAAAAAGUUUCUACGAAUGAUCAAGGCCCAAAAAAAAUUCAAGUCAUUGAACCACUUUGCCAACCAUCUAGAAGAAAAGCACAUGUAGUUCAAACUGAAUCUAAGAAAAGAUCUAAAAAAGAAAACAAACAAAAAAAACAAAGUGAAUCGUCUAAAAAAAGUACAAAUAAAUCUCAAAAAGAUGAACGUAAAAAAAAACUAAAAGAAAUUGCAGCUAAACUUCAGGAACCUAAACCUGUUCCGUCCAAUAUCAAUGCAAGCAGUAAAAGUGUUGUUAAUAUAAAAGUUACUAAUACAAGUCGUGGUGAAUUUUUAACUAACGUAGUUCAAGCUGUUAAGCCUACAAAAAGAAAAGAGAGUCUUGACAAAAAGAUGCAGCAAAAAAAUAAAACAUCCCAUGAGAAUACGUUGGGUAAUAGAACGUCAGAUUACAAAGAAAAUCAUGUUGAAGUGGUUACAGCCGAACCUAAGUCAGAAAGCACAAAGAAGAAAAGAAGAAGAUCAAGAAGAAAAUCGGGCAAGACAGAGAAACCACAUACUCCUCCUGUAAAAGCUAUUAGGCCUUUAAUGGAUAUAGACCUUGGUUUCUUUGGAAAGCCAGUUUCAAAAGUUGAACCAUUACCGCCUAAAAAAAUAAAAAAAUCUGUGAGGUUCUCUAAUUCCCCCCCGGAAGUUCAUGUAUUUGAAAUUGAACCUGGAAAUAAAAUGAAGGAAACUAGGUUAGUAAAGACAACAAUGGUUGACAAUUGUAAAAUGCCAAUAUUUUCAUUAGAAAAAAUUACUUUAAUGAAAAUUUUAAUUUGGAAUCCACAUUGGCUUGAUGAACAGAUUACAAAUGCAGAUCCCCCGCCAAUAUUGGGGCAUAAUAAUAUUCCAUUGGCGAAAUUUCAAACAUAUAACAAUCACCACCAGUAUGUGCAGUUAAUCGGUGAUCUCUUGUUAAUGGAAAUAUGGGAAUGUUUAACUCAAGGUCAUUUAAGGACUCGCAAUCAACCCAAACUACUUCAGAUGCGAAUUGAAAACUUACCCCCGUUGCCACCCCUUGAACGCCACUUUGAACUAUUUAACCUGAGUGUUAACAUUUCCAUGCCAACAACAGAGGCAAAAAACGCUCCGAGAGUAGGCGAAAUAUUAAUGAUUGAUUUUGGUCCGGAACAUUCCAGGAUUUCCAGGUUUUUUUUUGUACACAAUGUAAGGAUACUUCCUGCCCCUCCAAACAACAAAAACACAUUCUUUAGCAUUUCAUUAUAUGCUAUAUUUACUGGGAAGAUGAGUCAGUUAAAAAUUGGUGAACUGAUAAUUGGUCGGUCAUUAGCAUAUAUAAAUAAGGAAUUAAUGUUAUUUGAAGCCAUGGAAUACCUCUCGGGUUCACCCCUCAGUGAGGCAAUUAUGAAUCCGCAGCCUCAACACUUCCAAAGAUAUAAUAAUAAUGCUCGUGUUAAUAUGAAUUUACCUUGGACUUUGACAUUGAAUGAGAGUCAAAAAAUAGCGGUGGAAUCCUCUGUAUCAGCGGCUCUUGGUGAUCGGCCCAAUAUACAAAUGGUUCAAGGACCACCUGGAACCGGAAAAUCAAGUGUGAUAUGUGCAAUGGUUAUGGCAUAUUUCUACGACUCUAAUAGAAGGAAACAGCAGAACAGAGGAAAAAUAUUGAUUUGUGCGACGAGUAAUGCGGCCAUAGAUGAAAUUGUAAUACGGCUGCUCAGUAUACGGCAGAGUUUACCAAAACCGGAAAGGUUCAAAAUGGUACGGGUGGGUCGGGUAGAAGCGAUGCAUAGUCGAGCUAAAGACGUCAGUUCACAACAGCUCGCGGCGAGAGACACUGCUAGACUGAAUGCUGAGCCGCAAAAUGCCGCGGUGGCUCAACAGAUUUCACAUAUAGAAGCGAAAAUAAACAUGUGGAAGACGGCAAUGAGUGAAGCCAAGGAUCCCGUGAGAAUCGCCUACUGUCAGGGACGCAUCACCCAACUCAAUGAGCGAAUAAAUAUGUUACGCCACGGUGGUGGUGGUGAAGACGUUAGACCUGAACGUCUAAUGGCGGCUGAAAAGAGAAUCAUUGACUGCGCAGAUAUCAUCGCUACUACGCUCGCAAGCGCACAGAAUAAUAAAAUGAAAGGUGUGAAAGGUCGCAUAGCGCUAUGUAUAGUGGACGAAGCGGGACAGGCCAUCGAACCUGAGACCUUAGUUCCUCUGACCUUGGACGUCACCAAACUAACAUUGGUCGGCGACCCACAACAACUGCCCGGGUAUAUAUGCUCUCAGCGAGCUAAAAAGCACGGCCUGGGGGAGAGUCUGUUCGCCCGUCUGACUUCGUGUACUGAACUCUGGCCUCAAAGUCCAGUUCUACUGCUGAAUCAGCAAUAUCGGAUGCAUCACAGCAUCGCUGACUAUCCCAACAGAGCCUUCUACGCAGAUCAGAUACGGACAGUGCCACGCCCACCUGUAGAUCUGGACAUUCCACCCUAUACAAUACUGGGUAUACAUAGUGGGGAUAAAGGACAAGGGUCAUCAGGUGCAAAUGAUUUAGAAGCGUGCGGUGUGUCUCGGUUGGCAGCCGCCCUGGCCCAAAUGACGAGGCCGAAGGGGCUUUCCUUUGCGGUUAUCACUCCUUACGUCGCCCACAGGGAUCUCAUUAGGAAAUAUUUAAAGCAUGAAGGAUCGGAUAAUCUAAUAGAAGUGAACACAGUGGACAGUUUCCAAGGACAAGAGCGAGAUGUCGUUAUAGUCUCGUUGGCUCGAAGUCACGGACUUGGCUUUCUCACGGAUGCUGGACGAAUGAACGUGAUGCUGACACGUGCUAGGCACGCCCUCAUCGUGUGCCUCAAUCCACACGCUGUUAUGAGAAACGACCAAUGGCGAACAUUAGUAGAAGACUCUCAACGGAGACACUUAUAUAAAGUACUACCGAACAGAAUGUGCCGAGCACCAACAAGUACUGAAUCUGAUGAAGAAAUACUCAAACAUUUGCGAGGAAAAUAAUUUUCUUUAAUAAGACUUUUCAUAAUCCUCUCUGCUAUAUUAUAAGAUGAAAAACAAUAAUCAUACUUUAUUUCUUUAAAACCUUUGAUUAAUUACAAUUUUAAAAGGAAAAAUGAUCAUAUCGUGACUUACUUGACUUAAUGUCCUAUAACCCGUAGUUGGGGCAUCCACAGUGAGUCUUCAUCGCGUUCGGUCUUUAGCCUCGUAUUUUACCUCGCUCCAAGUCUUUCCGCCUCUCUUUGCCUCGUCUGCGACUGUACGGCACCAGGUUUGCUUGGGACGGCCACGCUUCCGCUUUCCUUGCGGGUUCCAUCAAGCGCAUGCUUGGGAAUAUGAUUGGGAUCCCUUCGAAGUGUAUGGCCUAUCCAAUUCCACUUGCGUCGCUUGAUGGCUGAUCGGGGUUUCUCGGCAGCGCUCCCAUAGUUGCUCGUUAGAGAUUUUUUCAGGCUAGUAGAUUUCUAGAAUACGGCGAAGACAGCGGUUGACGAAGACUAGGAGUCGGUGGGAGAUGUAUUUGGUGACCUUCCACGUUUCACACCCAUAUAGCAGCACAGACUUGACGUUGGAUCCGAAUAUUUUAACCUUGAUUCGACGCGUCAACAUCCGUGACUGCCGUACAGGCCGAAGUUUUGCAAGGCCUUGACAUGCGUGAAGUGAUGUCAUCUUCUGUACCAUCUUCAGUUCUGAAGUUUCAGACACGACGCUUCCGAGGUAAACAAAUUUUUGAACGCUUUCUACGUCCUCUACACCCAACCGCAAUGGGGCGCGGUUCUCAACUCCAACACGCAUUUCUUUCGUUUUCUGGGUGUUGAUUUUGCGUCCCGCAAAUCCCGCCUCGCGUUCCAGGUCGUCCAACUUAGAUUGCAUGUCGCGGUGCGUGUGACUUAGCAGCAUAGGUCAUCGGCAUAAUCCAAAUCUUCCAGAUGUUGGUUAAUCCCCACUCUCUUCCGCGGCGCUUGUUCUGAUGUGUGCGAUACAUAAUCCCGUCGAGAAUAACCAGGAAAAGUAGUGGCGAGAGUAAGCAACCUUGACGGACGCCCGCGAGCACUUGAAUAUUGUCUGAAACGAGGCCAUCGUGAAUACCUUAAAGUAGCAAGAUACUUUUUGAAGAUUAGAAAAGAAAGAUUAUGGCAGGUGUGGUAUGUAAUGUCGGGUAAAUGACUGCAUGAAUCGCGUACUGGGCACGUCAUAGGCAUAUCAAGAAGAGCUCAUAAUAUCCCUGAAUCUCGUUUAAUAUAUAUCUGGCUUUGCCCAAUAGAUCCAUUUCUUGACCAAAAAUUUUGGGCAUUGGUUUUGCUGGAUUGUCUCUCGAGAAACUUUGUAUUAUAGGAGCGCAUAUCGUGCCGCAAGGAUAUUAGAUAUUUCUUUUAAAGCUACCUAUAAGAUUCAAUAUGAAAGUUUUGAAGCGGUAGGACACGUAUAAGUUUGAAGGUAGUUGAAGAGUUUCUGCACCGUUUUCUUAUGGUAAGGUUUUACGUCGUGGAGCCAACCGUUCGAGCUGAUCGAAAAAUGCUAUAAUAAGUCAAUUAUUAAGAUUAUCCAUAGAGACAUCACCCUUCAGACAAGACAAACUAUUUGAGAGAUCUUCUUUACAUUGAGACAGACGAAGCGUCGAUCUUGGUAUUCUGAAUUCUUCUUACCGUCCUCUUAGGGUCUUUUAUUAAUUAAAACCAAUUAAUAUUUGCCUUUUAGUUGACAUUAUCAGAUCGAUCUCUUCGUCGUUUCAUCCGGGCUAAACCAUGUCCAAGACUUCAUCAUAUAAAGAUUAUCUUUCUUCAUAAAGUCCGGAACUCUCUGUUCUUUUACACAUAACCUUUGUUUUGUGGUUGUGUAUUGGCGAAGUAAGUCGCCAAUACUCGCCACGCAAUCAGGGUGGCCAGUGCAGUAUAUGUUUAGGCAAAUGGGAAAAACGCUGCUGCCCACUUUCCCCUUAGUCGUCUUCUACGACACCACAGGUAAAUAUGGGGAAGUGCUAUUCGUAGCCGACACUCCACAGAAUUAGAGCACGCCAGCAACAAACAUUUCUGUGCAUUAUUACACCGAAACGCCAUUCUCGAGAAUUUAGUCUAUGAACUCCAUAUUAUCGUGAAAAGCAUUACUUACUAAUGAUAGAUGAUAAUAUUCCUUAUUGCAGACAUAGUAAAGUAAUGCAGAAAUAAUACGUAUUAAUUAUAGGUACAUACUUAUUGGGUUUGAAGCGAAUUGAUUUUAUGUUCCAGGUCACGUACGUUAUAAUUUUUUGUUUGACUUAUCGGAGAUCAUAUUCCAUAUUCAAAUAACUAUAAAUCUUCGGAAUUUGAACUUGCUGAGAUUUUUAUCUAUGGUUAAUUUUGUCAAAAAUUAUACAUAGAACAUCUCUACGUUAAAAAAAAUGAGUUGACAUGAGAAAACAUGAAGAUAUUUUGUAAAAUAUUUAUUUGUAUCUUUAAUUAAAAAUACGAUUUUUUUUUAAAUUAACAGACUAUAUAAAUCUUUCUACGUGACCAAAGAAAUAUACCUGUUUAACCUGAAUUUAUAAUGCUCUUUUGUAUAAUACAUGAUAAUUGAAUUGAAUUUUGUUCUACAAUACAAUAUUAUUUUUAUGAUCUUACACGACGUUUAGACAGGUUUUUGUAAAUAUAUUGAUCAGUGUAAAAUAUUUAGGGAAUAUUAAACCGCUGAAAGCCUCAUUUUGAUAAUAUUUUCACGUUUAUCGACAGUUAUUUGAAGCUUAAAGUGGGUUUAGUACGUGGUAAAUAUAGUUGGUUUUUUCCUGUUGUUGUUUUGAUUUUUUUAAUGGUAUAGAAGUCUUUGCGUAACUAUUUGAAUCUUCACUAAACAGAAUGUGUACAUGCCGUUGUUAAAUAACCGUCGUUAAAAUUAUCUACCUUAAACUCUUUGUACGUUUUGAUCUCUAAAUUGAUCCUAAAUAUUAGCAUUUAAAAAUUAGAUUUAAGAUGGUGUUUGUAUCUUUAUGAUUUAGAUAUCGUAACUAUAGUAACGUGCUAUUAUAUUUAGACCACGUUUUAUAAUAAGCUAGACUAGUAACAUUGUAAAAAGUUCAAUUAUAAUAAUAUUAAUUCUUAUUUGUUUAUUUGGAAUCCUCAUAAAACUAUAACAUUUUCGUUAAUAAAAAAAAGAUAACGAUAAAAGAGUUGAAAACCGGUCCAUUGUAGGCGUAGUAAUACAUUUUAGUGCGUUCUGUGAUGACCAAGUUUAUUUGCGCAUAAAAUAAAAAUUUUAAUUUGAGAA